UGCAAACAAACAAGUCCAAUGACGUAUUUUCGUGACGCAGGGAGUCAGGUGGCAUCCACUGCGCGGGGCGUUGUUGGCUAUCGUAUAAUUUGGCCAGUUGGCAGAAAUUCGUUCAUUGCUUGGGAAGUUGUCAGCGUUGACUCUUUUUUUCCCCGUUCCGUUGAACCUUCAUUUGUUGAAUAAAUUCAAGAUGAGCCAUCAUCAUCACCACGGACAUGGACAUGGAUUGUUUGGCGGUCUAUUUGGCCAUCACGAUGAUCACCAUCAUGAUCAUCACCACCACGUGAUUCACCACGACCCCCACGGUCACCACUACGAUCACCACGAUCACCACUACGAUCACCACGGCCACCACUACGAUCACCACUACGAUCACCACGAUCAUCAUUAUGAUCACCAUCAUCACGCCCCACACGUCAGCGGUGUAGCGGCUGGAAUUGCGGUCGGGGCUGCCAUUGGUGCUGCGCAACGGCAGCCUGCGGUUGUACACGUUCAAGCUCCUCCAGCAGUUGCUGCCCCGCCAGCUUACCCGACCGGUGCGAUGCUUCCACCCGCCCCUGCUGUCUACCAACAGCCCGCCUACCCACAGCCUGCGCAGCCUGCCUACCCAUCAGCCCCGGGAUAUCCUGCUUAUCCACGCUAGAAUUACAUCAUCGGUUAACGAGACUUGCAAACCUUCAGUGAAAACCUCCAAUGCGAGGACAGAAGGGUCGUGGCUUCCUUCUUUUUAAAUCCCCCGCUUCUACCGAUCCAUGCGCAGAGCGCUAGUACUGUGCCAGGGCAGUUUUUGUCAUUC